GCGGCGAGAGAGUUGGUGGCAGGGAAACUAAUAGAGUAUCUAAGCCCAAUCACCUUGGCACGUGGAAGAAUUUGGCGACGGAAGGUUUGAUCGCGUGGCAUUGACGUCACUUAAGUCCAAGGUGGUAGGACGUAUAUGUGCAGCAAACUUGAAAUGUGUAAAUGCGUAAAGUGACUGCCGAAAAAUUGCAAUGGAUUACCUGAAAUGUUUACCUGUGUUGCUUUCAUGUGCCAUCGCCUCAUUGAGCGAAACAGUCCCACUUCCAUCUUUCCAAAAACUUUUACACCACUACCCUGGUUACAAGCAUUUUGGCGGACGUUUUUCUCACCAUCGCAUCGUGGACAUCAUAGGUUGUAACAAAACAGACCUUUUGCACGACACAAGUGCACUGCGAAUGUCUUUCGCAUUGAACAAAAUAGGAAGUGUAUAUUCAAUUGGACAUGAACCCAUUCAUUUAUCAAAAUUCGGCAAAGACAGUGUUGCAGGGAGAGAUGGUUAUCAAUAUCUGUUUCAUCCGUUAGCUUUCGGUCCCUACAUGGCAGAUAAGUUCGGAUAUCCAAGCAUAUCAGUGCUACAUGACAAAGAUCCUAUUGCUACAAAGAGGAAGUUCUGGGGAAAGCAAGGGAUCAUGGAAAUCAUAACAUAUACCAAAUUCGGAAACAAACCGAAAGGACACAUCGCCCUGUGGAAUUGUGAUCGUCUUUAUCAGACAAAAGACUGGAUCUCCAAACAUUCCUUAUUAACAAUUCAAUUCUGGGAAUCACCAGACUCAAAAUGUGACACUGUUUUCCAAAAAGACAACUCGCCUUCACAAGUGACUGGUACGUGGGGUGGACGGAAAUACGACACUCUGAGACUAAAAGCUGCGAGAAAAUUGGUUAGAUUUAAUCAAAUCUACAGAAAAAUGCCACACAGACUUAUCAAAUUUCAAUAUUAAACUUAUAGGAGAGAGAUAGAGACGAUGAUUUGUCCAAAGGGAACCGCGCUGUGUUCAUUUUUUUAUAAUGUAAAAAUAAUUGUGUGCUCUGAUGUUUGUAUUUGUAUUUUUAUAAUGUUUACACUUGUUAUUACCUUAAAUAAAUGUUGUGAUUUACCA